GUUUUUCUCAAGAACCAGGAAAUGAAAUUUGAGUGGAAGGAAACCCUCACAUACGGUAUAAUCCUGCAUUCGUCUGUUAGUAUAACGGGUGAGAAUAAUGUUAUUUGAAACACUAGACAAGUUAGCUGUCUUAUUAUUGAACACUUGAUAUAAGUCAAAUAUUGUUUUGUUUACCAGUCUUUACUUGAGAAUGUUAUAAUGCUAUUCUAAUACUAUUGUAACAUUGAUUCUGGAUACGUUGAAUAUUUAUUUAAAUAUUACAAUUUGCUUUAACGGUAACUAGCCCUUAAAAAUAGUUUUGGGGAUUACAGCUCAUUUGUCAGGGGUAUACAGCUGCAGAUUGAUUACUAUGGCUUUGAAGGGGUACACCAAGCAGAAAAACAAAACAAAUUCACCAUACUACUUAGAAAACAUUCUUGAGACCAAUGAGCAUCCAGAGGAUCACAAAGAAUAUGUGAUGUUCCACGGCACCACAAAAGAGGCUACAGAGUUGAUAAAGAAGAAUGGUUUCACACCAUCAAGAGAAGAACUUGGGCCUGGUGUGUAUGUCAGUCGAGACAUAGGGAAAGCAAUUAAAUACCCCCUUGGUGUUUCCAACAAUAAGAGAAGAGUACUAAAAGUCAAAGUGGAUGUAGGGAAGGUUAAAAUCAUAGAUCAACAGGAUCACCUCAUGCAGAAGACCUGGCAUACCGAGCAUGGAUAUGACACCGCCUGGGUUCCCCCAGGGGUCAGUAUGGUGCUGAGCAACCAACAGGGGAACUGUGUCUACGACCCAAAGAGAAUCAAAGUCAUGCAGGUCAUGAAAGUAAAAGAAAGCAACAUAUCUAGACACCGUCAUCUUCAGAGUGGAGUCACCCCUGAGGACAGCCACGUCUACGUGAUGUAUCAUGGAACAUCUAAACAGGCUGCAGUAGAAAUACAGAGACAUGGCUUCACACCAUCCACAGACGGCAUGCUUGGUGCAGGUGUCUAUGUCAGUCGAGACAUCCGAAAAGCCAUCAAAUACCCCAUUGGUGCUGAUGACUCAGACAAGAUGGUUCUGAAAGUAAAGGUGGAUGUUGGCAAGGUUAAGAUCAUUGAUGUGCAGGGUCACGACAGGCAAUACGACUGGCACACACAUGGGUAUGACACUGCCUGGGUUCCACCUGGUGUUGACAUGGUGGCGAGUAACCAACAGGAGAACUGUGUCUACGACCCAAAGAGAAUCAAAGUCAUGGCAUUGCUGAAAGUGGCCAUCUUGAAAAAGUUAAACCCGUCACUGGAGGUGGAGGCUUGAAGGUGUAUUCAAGGAGUAUUAAUUACACUUCAUGUUCAUCGAGAUAAGAGGAUGUAGCACGCUGCUAUAGCUACACAUUCAAUAUUGCAUAGGAAGAAGCUAUAUUUUGCCAAAGGCUUACUGGUUAUUGGCAAUAUACCUACUGUAUAUGCAAUUAAUAUACCCUUGUCACAUUUCAAAAACCGAUUCAAUGAUAUUCACUUGACGUAAACAAGGUGUGUAUCAAUGAUCAUAAUUGUUCAGAAUAAUUGUCUUCCUGUAAUAAAUCUCAAAUAAACCUCUAAAAGUCA